GGGCAUAUAAGUAAAUUGCAGAGAGAAUAGCGAACACUCCAGAGAGAGCCACUUGUCCAUUCCAUUCCAGAAGCUUCUCCUAUUCAUCUUCUCAUUCUCAUCGGACUUUCUUUGCCCAGUUCCGGCACCGAUCUGCAAAACGCAAAAAAAAAAAAUGGGAAUCGUAGAGAAGAUCAAAGAGAUCGAAGCUGAGAUGGCUCGUACUCAGAAGAACAAAGCGACUGAGUAUCAUUUGGGCCAGCUCAAGGCUAAGAUAGCUAAGCUCAGGACACAACUGCUAGAACCUCCUAAGGGAACUAGUGGGGCGGGAGACGGUUUUGAAGUUACAAAAUAUGGCCACGGACGUGUAGCACUUAUUGGAUUUCCAAGUGUGGGGAAGUCUACGCUCCUAACAUUGCUCACGGGAACACAUUCUGAAGCUGCAUCAUAUGAGUUCACAACUCUAACCUGCAUCCCUGGAAUUAUUCACUAUAAUGAUACCAAAAUUCAACUUCUUGAUCUUCCUGGAAUUAUUGAAGGUGCUUCCGAAGGCAAGGGGCGUGGGAGGCAGGUAAUUGCUGUUUCCAAGUCAUCUGACAUCGUACUGAUGGUUCUUGAUGCUUCAAAAAGUGAAGGGCAUCGGCAGAUAUUGACACGGGAACUGGAAGCUGUAGGAUUGCGAUUGAACAAGAGACCACCUCAGAUUUACUUCAAAAAGAAAAAAACCGGUGGUAUUUCUUUUAACAGCACCGCACAAUUGACUCAUGUAGAUGAGAAGCUAUGCUACCAAAUUCUUCAUGAGUACAAGAUUCAUAAUGCAGAGAUAUUAUUUCGGGAGGAUGCGACAGUCGAUGAUCUUAUAGAUGUUAUUGAGGGAAACCGGAAAUACAUGAAGUGUAUAUAUGUCUACAACAAGAUAGAUGUCGUUGGUAUUGAUGAUGUGGACAGAUUAGCCCGUCAGCCCAAUUCCAUUGUUAUUAGCUGCAACCUAAAGCUGAACUUAGACAGACUGCUUGCGAAAAUGUGGGAUGAAAUGGGCCUAGUCAGAGUUUAUACAAAGCCGCAAGGCCAACAGCCUGAUUACACAGAUCCUUGUGUUCUUUCUUCUGAUAGAGGUGGGUGCACGGUCGAAGCCUUUUGUAAUCAUAUACAUAGAAACCUGGUAAAGCAGAUUAAGUAUGUGUUAGUAUGGGGCACGAGUGCCAAGCACAACCCACAGACUUGUGGUCUUUCCCAUAUACUUGAGGAUGAGGAUGUAGUUCAGGUUGUUAAGAAUAAGGAUAAGCAAGGGGAAGGAAGAGGGCGUUUCAAGUCUCAUACAACAGGCCCUGCUCGAAUAUCCGACAGAGUAAAAAAGGUUCCUCUGAAAACCUAGUUGGUUGAAAACUAACUAUUAAUAUAUUGGUGAUCAUAUUCUGUUUAUCUUGAGUAACAGGGGAUGAUGAUAUUUCAAAAGUAGUGUUUUAGCUAUAAGGUGCUGUGAGAUUUUUACUACUUGGAUAUUUGCAAUGAAAUUAGCCUAAAAAGGAUGUUUAGAUGUGUAUCAUAUAUUUUUAUGGAACAUUCUUAGUAGGAUGUUUAGGCGCUUUAGUCUAUAAGAAUGUUACUCUAUAUCUCUUUA